AUGAAAGAAGCAGCCUGUGAAAUAAAACAUUUUUUUCUGAUCUAUUUUUUUGUUCUCCCCUCUUUCAGUAUAAGUUCAGAGACCUGACUAUAGAAGAACUAAAGAAUGUUAACAAGACCUACCCAAACUUCACGUUCUCCAUGAACACAUACACCUUCAAAGAUGGAUCCCAGAAGGACCUCCUGAAUUUUAGCGGUACUGUUCCAGUGAAAUAUGGUAAUUCCUAUAACAUACCUAUUCAUCUGUGGAUUCUGGAUUCUCAUCCCUUUGCUCCGCCCAUUUGCUUCUUGAAGCCGACUGUGAACAUGGGCAUUUCAGUGGGAAAGCAUGUGGAUGCUCAUGGCAGGAUUUAUUUGCCCUACCUGCAAAACUGGAGCCAUCCUAAAUCAACUGUCAUUGGAUUAAUCAAGGAAAUGAUUGCAAAAUUUGAGGAAGAGCUCCCUUUGUAUUCACUGUCAUCUUCUGAUGCAGCCAGGCAAUCCGAACUUCUCUCCUACAUUGCAAAGAUCACUGAAGGAGAGACUGACAUGAAAUCAAAGAGUAAAAUUGGUGGAGGCAAAAAUGAAGGAUGUUUUAACAAAAUUACUGUUGUUGGAGCUGGAGAUCUUGGCAUUGCAUGUGUGCUAGCAAUUGCAGCAAAGGGUGCUGCAGACAAGGUGGUUCUUUUGGAUCUUUCUGAAGGUGCAGCAAAAGGAGGGACCAUGGACUUGGAGAUCUUUGCCCUGCCAAACGUGGAGAUCAGCAAAGAUUUUUCUGCUUCAGCAGAUUCAAAAGUUGUGGUACUCACAGUUAAUUCUCUGGGUAGUGCUCAGACUUAUCUUGAUGUUAUACAAAGCAACGUGGAUUUGUUCAGAGGAAUUAUCCCAGCGAUAUCACACUACAGUAAGAACACUGUUCUCCUUGUUGCUUCCCAUCCAGUUGAAGUAAUGACAUACGUGUCGUGGAAGCUGAGUGCAUUUCCCAAAAGUAGAGUUAUUGGAGUAGGUGCCAACCUAGAUACUGAGAGAUUUCAGUAUAUACUGACAAACCUUUUGAAAGCAGAGCUGCUGGCAAAAGAUGCUUGGGUUAUUGGUGAACAAGGGGAAGACAAAGUACCUUCGUGGACCAGUUGUAAUUUAGUUGCAAAUCAAACGGAAACAAUGGCUGCUCGUAACUCAAGGGAAGAGGUGGCUAACAGAGCUAUGGAAGUUCUAAAGGGAAAAGGUCAGAGAUCUUGGUCUGUUGGGCUCUCAGUUGCUGAUUUGACUGACACUAUACUGAAAGAUAAAAGAAAGGUUCAUUCUGUGUCCACUCUGGCAAAGGGAUGCUGCAAUAUAAACAGUGAAGUGUUCUUAAGCCUACCGUGUAUUCUUGGAACCAAUGGAGUGAUGGACGUGGUGAAACUAGAAGAUGAUCAACUGGUGCAAGAGAAACUGCAAAGCAGUGCAGGAUCAAUUCAUGACCUUCAGCAACAACUGAAACUUAUAAGUAUAGAGACCUAACUGUACAGGAAACGACCAGUGUUAUUACUCAGUACAAGGACCUCAAACCUGUCAUGGAUUCAUAUGUUUUUAACGAUGGCUCAUCUAGGGAGUUGAUGAGCCUCAGUGGAACCAUUCCUGUGCCUUACAGAGGUAACACAUACAAUAUCCCAAUUUGCUUGUGGCUGCUGGACACUUACCCUUUCAACCCCCCGAUUUGUUUUGUUAAACCCACUAGCUCUAUGACAAUAAAAACUGGGAAGCAUGUUGAUGCAAAUGGAAAGAUAUACCUUCCUUAUCUGCAUGAGUGGAAAUAUCCCCAGUCAGACUUACUCGAGCUGAUUCAGGUCAUGAUUGUUGUGUUUGGUGAGGAACCUCCAGUCUUUUCUCGGCCUACUGCUUCAUCUAGCUACCCACCAUACCAGGCAACAGGCCCACCAACUACUUCCUAUGUGCCGGGCAUUCCAGGCGGAAUAUCUACCUAUCCAGCAGGAAGCACUCCAAACCCAAGCUACCCAAACUAUCCUUAUCCGGGUGGCGUUCCAUUUCCAGCAACCACUAGUGUUCCGUACUACCCUUCUCAGCCUCCUGUGACUACUGUUGGACCCAGUAGAGAUGGAACUAUCAGUGAGGAUACCAUUCGAGCUUCCCUUAUUUCGGCAGUCAGUGAUAAACUGAGAUGGCGGAUGAAAGAAGAAAUGGAUCGUGCACAGGCGGAACUCAAUGCCUUGAAACGGACAGAAGAGGACCUGAAGAAAGGACACCAGAAACUGGAAGAGAUGGUGACUCGCCUGGAUCAAGAAGUGGCUGAAGUUGACAAGAACAUUGAACUUCUCAAGAAGAAGGAUGAGGAGCUCAGUUCUGCUUUAGAGAAAAUGGAAAGCCAGUCAGAAAAUAAUGACAUAGAUGAAGUUAUUAUUCCGACAGCACCGCUUUACAAGCAGAUCCUGAACUUAUAUGCAGAGGAAAAUGCAAUUGAAGACACCAUCUUCUAUCUUGGGGAAGCAUUGAGACGUGGAGUGAUAGACCUAGAUGUCUUUUUAAAGCAUGUACGUCUUCUGUCUCGCAAGCAGUUCCAACUGAGGGCAUUAAUGCAGAAAGCAAGAAAGACUGCUGGACUCAGUGAUCUCUACUAAAUUCUCAGACUUAACCUGGGAAGUUAGAUUUCCUUAUGAAGCAGCCAUUCUCUUGAUAUUUCUCUUAAUCAGUAGGUGCCCAGAAUAAGUUAUUACAUCAUUCAAGUGUAAGAUAUUUUGAAUUAAUAAUAUAUUUUCUUUUUGGUAAAGACUAGCUUUUAUUAAUGCACUUUCUAUCUCCUGUAAUCUUUGUGCUGGUGGACUUACGCUGAAUAAAACUUGUUGCAUAUUUU